AUGCACGGCUCCUUACUGCUAGCCUUCUCUGUUAAUCUUGGCUAUGGCUCUAGUACCUGUGCUGAAUUGAUGGCCUUGUUGGAGGGUGUCAUGCACUGCAAGCGAAUGCAUUUUCAUUCGGUAAACAUUGAAAUUGACUCUAGGGUGAUCCUUUCUUGGUGGCAACACUAUCGAUGUGGCAUAUGGUACUUAGAGGACUAUUGGGAGGAGCUUCAAGCUCUGCUUCUUCAGAUGAACUUCACAACCUCUCAUAUUUUCAGGGAAGGUGACGUAGCUGCCGAUUGGUUAGCCAGAUUUGGUGCAAGGUACUUCAUUGCAAAUUUGUCUGUUUUACUUCUGUUUGUUUGCUUCUGGGUCUAG